AUGGAUGUCAAGCAGACAAUAGAGGGCGUCCACGCCAUUACCGGUGGAACCGCAACUCUAGGUAUCCUCAAGCUCACCGACUAUCAUAUCAUAUUUUGCGUACCUCCUCCAGCCGGCAGUCCUCCCAACACCCGUCCUAGAGAAAACUUUAUUUCGUACCCAAUCCUGAACCACUGCGCUUUUCGGCCAACCCCGCCGUCGAGCGGAAUACCUUCUUCGAUAAGGCUGCGGUGCCGCGACUUUAGUUACGUCACUUUCAACAUUCCCGACGACAAGGCUGCUCGUGAAGCAUUCGAAUUCAUGAAAACCAGAACUUGCAAGCUGGGAGCCAUCGAGAAGCUUUAUGCGUUCACCUAUCAGCCAACGAGACCUGAAAGAGGGCUGAACGGCUGGGCUUUGUAUGAUGCGCGAGAUGAGUUUCGGCGCCAAGGGGUGAGCGCAAAAGCCAAAGACCUCGGGUGGAGGAUAUCGGAUAUCAACAAGGACUACGUCUUUUCUCCAACAUACCCGUCCGUUCUCGUCGUGCCAACGUCGAUCUCAGAUAAUGUCCUUAAAUACGCCGCUAAUCAUCGGUCGCGAGCUCGAAUUCCUGCCUUGACUUACUUGCAUCCUGUAAACAACUGUGCGAUCACACGGAGCUCACAGCCAUGCGUGGGACUACGUGGCAAUCGCAGCAUACAGGACGAGCGCCUCGUCGGCGCCUGCUUCUCGGCGGCCAUCGCGGACUCGGGCACCAGUGGUUCAUUUGAGUCCAGCCCGUCAACCAGUCAAACAGAUUCACCCGUGGUGUCCGUGCCUGAGCCAGGUCUCACAGAGACGGAUCGUCACGAGGAUGCAGUGGUCGGCGGCCCCGGUACUACCUUUGAAUUUGAUGAGAAGACCGGGAAGAGGGUUAUCUACGGCGCCACACGUCAAAAUCUGAUUGUUGACGCCAGACCUGCUAUCAACUCUUAUGCAAUGCAGGCUAUAGGGUUGGGUUCUGAGAAUAUGGACUACUAUAAAUUUGCGAAGAAGGUCUUUCUUAAUAUCGACAACAUCCACGUGAUGCGAGCGGCCCUUAACAAGGUUAUCGAGGCCAUCAAAGAGGCCGAUGUAUCUCCCUUGCCUCCCAACAAGGAACUUCUGGCAAAGAGUGGCUGGUUGAAGCACAUUAAUGGGAUCCUGGAGGGGUCUCACCUUAUUGCCCGACAGGUUGGUAUUUACCAUUCGAAUGUACUGAUACACUGCUCAGACGGCUGGGAUCGCACAAGUCAGCUCAGUGCACUUUCACAGAUCAUGCUAGAUCCCUUCUACAGGACAAUCGACGGGUUCAUAAUAUUAGUGGAGAAAGACUGGCUAUCGUUUGGGCACAUGUUCCAGCGACGAUCGGGCUUUCUCAACCACGAACAGUGGUUUGUCACGCAAAAUGAUGCCAUGGCGGGAGUAAGAAUCGAGCCGAACGAGAAUGAAAGCCGCGGUGAGGCCUUGGAGAAUGCGAUGGCUUCGGCCAAGCGAUUCUUCUCAAAGAAUCUGAGCCAGGACAAGGACGACUCUGAUGGCGAAGCCGGGGAAGGCUAUAAUGCAAAGAAUGCAACAGCGCCAGUCUCGGAGGAUCAGGCUACCCGACCGAAGGAGAUCAGCCCUGUCUUUCAUCAGUUUCUCGACGCUACAUAUCAGCUAGUGAGGCAAAAUCCGACGCGCUUCGAGUUCAACGAACGCUUUCUCCGCCGGCUGCUCUACCAUUUGUAUUCCUGCCAAUAUGGUACCUUCUUGUUCAACAAUGAGAAGCAAAGAAAAGACGCCAAGGUUGAGGAGCGUACUUCCUCGGUUUGGAACUACUUCUUAUCACGUCGUGCGGAGUUCACCAACCCGGAUUACGAUCCUGUCGUUGAUGACAUGACACGCGGCAAGGAGCGACUCCUCUUCCCUCGUGAAGGUGAAGUCCGUUGGUGGCAUCAGCUCUUUUCUAGGAGAGACGAAGAGAUGAAUGGCGCACUGGACGACGCGGCAUCGGCAGCAGAAAAAAUUGCUACAUAUCAAUCAAUGUCGUCAGGGCCGCAGCCCAAUACAGCUCCUGGAACUCCGCAUCCGCCUGGAAGCCCGAAGCAAGCACCGCCAGGUCUCCCAACCAGCAAAUCAGUCUUGGUGGGUGUUGAAAGUGGGAACACGAUACUCACGCCAGAAAAGCGACCGGCGGAGCUUCCUAGACGCUCAUCCGCCUCUACUUCGGAGUUGCCGGAAGAUCCCUUGGGUGCUUUACAAGAAGGUCUCGGGAAUAUGAAAGUGCAACAGGGCGUCAAGCGUGUCGUUGGGAAGUCUGGAGGAAUCAGCUCAAGCAGUCAGAACGGGAGUGGCGGCGUUUCAGGCUCAGGUUCUGCGCCAGUCGCUAAAUCUGGCAGACAAUCACCGACUGGUUCUCCGCAGCAUUCGAGUACGCCGUCAACUGUUAAGCAGCUUGACGGCGUAUCUCGGCUAGAAUAG